CUGUCUUCUUCCUCGGUCCUCAUUGCCGUUAGGUUUUAGCUCUCUUUGAAUUUCUGAGUGUCUUAGGGUUUUGAGAUUUGAGUUACAGAGAAAAAUGGGUUCCACAGGGGGAGUCAAGAGGCGCGAGGCAUCAUCGUCUUCGGCGGCAAAAGAGGAAGAUAAGCUGAUCGUGACUCCAUUAGGAGCCGGCAAUGAAGUGGGUCGCUCUUGCGUUUACAUGUCCUACAAGGGCAAAACUGUCUUGUUUGAUUGCGGCAUCCAUCCCGCUUACUCCGGCAUGGCUGCUCUCCCUUACUUUGAUGAGAUUGAUCCUUCCACUAUUGAUGUCCUUCUCAUUACCCAUUUUCACUUGGAUCAUGCUGCAUCCCUGCCUUACUUCCUUGAGAAGACCACAUUCAAAGGCCGAGUCUUUAUGACUUAUGCAACCAAGGCUAUCUACAAGUUGCUUUUGACAGAUUAUGUGAAAGUCAGCAAAGUUUCAGUUGAAGAUAUGUUGUUCGAUGAGCAGGACAUAAAUGCUUCUAUGGAUAAAAUUGAGGUUAUUGAUUUCCACCAAACAGUAGAAGUUGAGGGCAUUCGGUUUUGGUGCUACACUGCAGGUCAUGUCCUUGGUGCUGCUAUGUUUAUGGUUGAUAUUGCUGGUGUUAGGGUCCUCUACACUGGAGAUUAUUCACGUGAAGAAGACCGACACCUCCGUGCUGCUGAGACCCCACAGUUCUCCCCUGAUAUAUGCAUUAUUGAGUCCACAUAUGGUGUCCAGCACCAUCAACCUCGAAACAUCCGUGAGAAGCGAUUCACUGAAGCUAUACACACUGCCCUCUCUCGAGGGGGUCGUGUCUUAAUUCCUGCAUUUGCACUUGGCCGUGCCCAAGAACUUCUCCUGAUCCUUGAUGAGUAUUGGGCAAAUCAUCCAGAGCUCCAAAAUAUACCUAUAUAUUAUGCUUCCCCACUGGCAAAAAGAUGUUUGUCUGUCUAUGAGACAUACACCCUUUCAAUGAAUGAUAGGAUCCGCAAUGCGAAGUCAAAUCCCUUCAUCUUCAAGUACAUAUCACCACUAAAGAGCAUUGAGAAUUUCAAAGAUGUAGGCCCAUCGGUCGUGAUGGCAAGCCCUGGUGGUCUUCAAAGCGGGCUGUCAAGGCAGCUAUUUGAUAUGUGGUGCUCUGAUAAGAGAAAUGCAUGUGUGAUUCCGGGUUAUGUGGUUGAGGGGACACUUGCUAAGACAAUCAUCAAUGAACCGAAAGAGGUUACCCUUAUGAAUGGGUUAGCCGCUCCGCUCAACAUGUCGGUCCAUUACAUUUCAUUCUCUGCUCAUGCAGACUCUGUUCAGACAAGUGCAUUUUUGGAGGAGCUGAGGCCUCCUAACAUAAUCCUUGUUCAUGGAGAAGCUCAUGAGAUGGGAAGGCUGAAAGAGAAGCUCAUGACUCAGUUUCGAGAUCGCAACACAAAAAUCCUCACACCAAAGAAUUGUCAGUCUGUUGAAAUGUAUUUUAACUCACAAAAAAUGGCUAAAGCUAUUGGAAGGCUUGCUGAGAGGACCCCGGAAGUUGGUGAAAAAGUCAGCGGUUUACUGGUAAAAAAAGGUUUCAGUUAUCAGAUAAUGGCUUCUGAAGAUCUUCAUGUUUUUUCACAGCUGUCCACGGCAAAUGUCACUCAACGUAUUACUAUCCCUUAUACUACUGGCUUCAUGGUGAUAAAACAUCGGCUGAGGCAAAUAUAUGAAAGUGUAGAAUCUUCUGUGGAUGAGGAAUCUGGAGUGCCGACGUUGCAAGUGCAUGAUCGAGUGACUGUGAGGCAGGAUACAGAUAAACAUGUUUCACUGCAUUGGAUGUCAGAUCCUAUAAGUGACAUGGUGUCAGACUCUAUCGUAGCUCUAAUUUUGAAUAUCAACAGAGAAGUCCCCAAGGUAGUCAUCGAAUCGGAGGACAUAAAGACAGAGGAAGAGAAUGGCAGGAAAACAGAAAAGGUCAUUCAUGCACUUCUUGUAUCACUCUUUGGGGAUGUGAAGCCUGGAGAAAAUGGGAAGUUGGUGAUCAGUGUUGAUGGAAAUGUGGCACAACUUGAUAAACAGAGUGGGGACGUAGAGAGUGAAAAUGAAGGCCUCAAGGAUAGAGUAAAGACAGCAUUUCGUCGAAUCCAAAGUGCAGUGAAGCCAAUUUCUCUCUCUGCAUCUUAGCUGUUUUUCCGUAGUGUUUCAAUAUCUUUGUUUCUGUAGCUGAGUUAAUUUUCAGGCGUUGUAAGCAACUUACAGGAAUUCUGAAUGGUAACACUAUUUUUUAGUGAUA